UAUUUUUUUAUUGGUUCAUUGUGGUUAGGUAAAUAAUUAAUGAUGUUUUUGUUUAGAAAAUAUAAGAAAUUAAUGGUUUUCUUAAUUUACGUGCAUAGCUGUAAAACGACUUAUAUUAAAAAACGGAGGGAGUAGUAUAUUAAGCUAAAGAGAGUCUGCUUUGAAUUAUGAGAUCGGUUCGAUGAAAGUAUAAACUGUAGAAUUCAAAAUAUGUUGAUUACAGAAACGAUGUGUCAUACAAUAUAUAUACAUUAAUGCAUAAUAAUGUGUGUGAGUUUAUAUAUAUUCUAAUAGUCGAGUGGUAUGAGCAUGGACGUAAUGGCAGAAUUUGUAAAUAUUUACAAGUACAACUUUUCAUCGUAAGAAUCCCUACUGUACACGUUAAUAGAGACACAUGGUUGUGGUUUUUACGGAAUAAUUAUGGUUAACGAGCUUAUUCAACAUGUUGUUAGUAAUCUCCUAUAUAUACUCUUCUCUUUCUCUUAAUAAACAGUCCUCCUGCUUAAAUUCUAACGAAAUAAUUUCAGGAAAAAAAAAAGAAGAAGAUAUAUAAACUUUGGAGGAAGGUUAUCAGGGAGAAUCAAGAAGAGUCAUGACUACUUUAUCAAAGAUUCUAUGUGCGUUGAUCAUUCUUUUCUUAUGCAUAUCCUUUCGAUAUUCACUUCAUGAAGAUGGGAAUCAAGAAUCAAGCCGUGAUGUCGUUUCAGUUCGUAAGGGGAUCGAAAAUGUUGAUGUCGUGAUACGAGGAAGAAAACUGAUGAUGACAAAUGGAGAAGCAGAUAAAGAAACAACGACGAUGAAGAGAAAGAGAAAAUCAGGCAAAAGUGUUGACGACGAUGGACUCGUUGCUUUCACUGCUGAUUAUUGGAGAGCCAAGCCCAAGCAUCAUCCUCCCAGGAACAAUUGAUCAUAAUCCUGUUAUGAAAUAAUAUAACAGAAUGCUAGCUUUUAUGAAUAUCUCCAUAGAUAUAUAACUUUAACUAUAAGAUAAAAUGAAAUAUGUUUGUUAUAUUAUGUGUUUCGUUUGCUUUGUAGUUUAUUUUACCUUGUUUCGGCUUAAUUAAUGGUUUGCAUAUAAACCAACAAUUUUGAACUUUUGAAGCUUUUUGUAUGUAUAUGAAUUAUGAUUUUUUUUU